UGGUGAUCCACGAGGAUGCUGCUUUCGUGCGACGUCACACUCAGGAUGGAUGCUCUCUAGGACCAGAAUACUUCCAACGCGUUUCGAAAUUGCUGAAUUUCUUCAUCAGGGAACCAGAAAUCAGCGCCAAUGAGCGGAUCAUCUGGAAAUGACACUGGGGGCACGCCCCCUCUUCUCCACCAAUAGGAAGCCGUCUCUCUCCAGCCCACCUUACCUGCGGCCGCAAUAAAAGGAGCUGCGCGGGGCUUCUCUUCAUUACUGAUCUCCGCUCUGCAGCAGUGACAACCGAGCUCCCAGCAUGCCCGAGCCCGCCAAGUCCGCCCCAGCGCCCAAGAAGGGCUCCAAGAAAGCCGUCACCAAGGUUCAGAAGAAGGACGGCAAGAAGAGGAGGAAGAGCAGGAAGGAGAGCUAUGCCAUCUACGUCUACAAGGUGCUGAAGCAGGUGCACCCCGACACCGGCAUCUCCUCCAAGGCCAUGGGCAUCAUGAACUCCUUCGUCAACGACAUCUUCGAGCGCAUCGCAGGGGAAGCCUCCCGCCUGGCUCACUACAACAAGCGCUCCACCAUCACCUCCCGGGAGAUCCAGACCGCCGUGCGCCUGCUGCUGCCCGGAGAGCUGGCCAAGCACGCCGUCUCCGAGGGCACCAAGGCCGUCACCAAGUACACCAGCGCCAAGUGAGCGCCCCCCGCUCUCCGGACCCAAAGGCUCUUCUCAGA